GUAAUCGUAUCGUUCGUAUUGUAUUGUAAGCAUUGUCAUUGUAGAGGUUAGGUAUAGCAUAGCAAUCAAUCAAAUUUCAAAUUUGUUGUUAUUUAAUUACCAGUGAAGUGAAGACCUACUACAGAUAUUUAUCGAAAUGCUGCCACUUUCACUUCUUCGGACUGCUCAGAACCACCCUAUGCUGGUAGAGUUGAAGAAUGGAGAGACUUACAACGGACAUCUCGUCAGCUGUGAUAACUGGAUGAAUAUCAACUUGCGAGAAGUCAUCUGUACCUCAAGAGAUGGUGACAAGUUUUGGCGGAUGCCUGAGUGCUACAUCCGAGGCAGCACAAUCAAGUACUUGCGUAUCCCAGAUGAGGUCAUUGAUAUGGUGAAAGAAGACAUUGCAGCCAAGAACCGAGGACAGCGGGACAUGAAGGGCAGAGGUGGUGGUCAGAGGGGCAGAGGAGGAGUCAGAGGUGGUUUUGGAGGGAGAGGCAGACCUGGUGGCCCCUUGGCUCGUGGUGGCGGUGGCAGAAACCCUCCACCAAACAAGACAAAGCCUUUGGCUAAAUAAGAUCCACGUAGAUAAAUAUAGUACUAAGCAAUGUAAAUAUAUCUGUAAAACUUAUAUCUGUAAUGUAAAAUAAGUAAGUUUAUUUGUACUUUAUGUACCUAUUUAAUGGACUUCAUGACUAAGUUUCUAAUUAUCCCACACGGGAUAUUUGUUUUAGGAGUUUUAAUCCUACAGAGUAUUUUUUUUUUUUUUUGUGUUAGGAUUUGUUUUCUAUUAAGUAAUAUUAAUUUUUAAUUUGUAAGUUGUUUUUGGUUCAAUAAACAUGUAAAUAUUU